GGUGCUCGAAGACCCGUCCUCCCACGUUCCCAUUGAGCAUGUUUAGGGAUCAGAUCUGUUUUAUUUUUUUACAUGAAAGUUGUUUGAUUUAGUUGAUUUAUUUUUUGAUAGUUUGGUAGUUGUUUUGGUGUUUUGUUCCUUUUUUGGGAAUCUUGUUUGCAUCCUGCACUGUAGGUGGCAGAAUGCAAAUUAAAUUGUGCGAUCGCUAAUAUAACAUAGAAGAACUACAAUAACUACACUAAGUACAAUGUAUGGUUCUGAAUCAUAAUUCAAAGGUAACGCGUAGCAAAUUCACCACUUGAAUAAUGUGAUUUGUAUGAUGAUUUCCACCUUUUAAUCGGUUGAUUGUAGUGUAAUCGGGUUCGGGUUUCUGCAACAAAUACUUUUUUGUUGAAAUCGAAAGUAAAAAUGUUGAAUGACACAGCGGAUCUGACUGCUAAGCUACCAGGCUGAGAACAUGUUGCUGGGUGGGUGUUGGCCUCUAAGUUUCAGGGGAACAUCAUCUGCAUUCAGCAAGAGCGCGCAGUCUGUAGGUGUGACCCACUGCCUCUAAAAUGAGUCUCUCUGGGGAGAGAGGGGAGGGGACCGCUGCCUCUAAAAUGAGUCUCUCUGGGGAGAGAGAGGAGGGGACCGCUGCCUCUAAAAUGAGUCUCCCUCAAGACAUCAGCUCUGAGAGUGUCCAGCAUCACCGAGCAGAGUCACCUACACCCAGCCUGUUAUCAAUGAAGAGUGACAACUCAAUGUUUCUUCCACCUACUUUCAACCAGGAAACACAAACCGCUGACAAAGGUGGGCUAACAAUAGACCUGUGUGCCCUGUGUGAAAGAGGGCCAAAGGAUCAAGUAUCCAUCCCCGGUGGACACAGUUACUGCAAGCAGUGCAUAAGUGUCUUGGUCUCACCUAAACCUCUCCAACAUCACCACUACGCUGGACCUGGAGACGUGGCCUGUGAUCUCUGCACUGAGAAAAAGCUCAAAGCUGUGAGUUCCUGUCUGAACUGCACUGCCUCCUAUUGUGAGAGCCACGUAAGGCAGCAUUACAUAGUAGCAGCACUGCGAAAACACACCCUGGUGGAGGUGACAGGAAACCUGGAGCAGAAACUCUGCCAGCUGCACCACAAAGCUCUGGAAGUCUUCUGUAAGACCGACCAGAUACUCGUCUGUAAUGUAUGUGCCGUGGAGGACCACAGAGGCCACAGAAAAUGCUACAUAGAGAUCCCCAUGUUGUUGGACACUUCAUCUCUACUAGGUCAGUCACUGAAAAACAUGAGUGAUUUGAAUCUCUUAAAAAAUCAUCUGAUCCAUUGUUACCCAGAGUGCUUUGAGACCCAGCUGGACAAUGAAGAUGUUCGAGAUUUGGUUGAGAAGAUGCUGGAGAGUUUUGGAACCGAGGGUGCCUUGAAGAUCACACUGAACUUUCUAGACAUAAGAAAUAAAACUCUUUGGAAAGCCAGAGAAAUUAAAACUAAACUGGGGCAGAAGUUUCAACAAAUAUUUCAAGGAAUUGGACACCAUGGAAAGCAAACUCUCUUAAAUGACAUCUACACAGAGCUCUACAUCACAGAAGGUGGAAGUGGAGAGGUCAAUAAUGAACAUGAGGUGAGACAUAUGGAGGCGGUUUCUAAGGAACAAACCACACAAAAGACCGCAAUCAAAUGCAACAACAUCUUCAAAAGGUUACCUGGACAAAGAAAACCUAUCAGGACUGUGCUGACCAAAGGAAUCGCUGGCAUUGGAAAAACAGUUUCUGUGCAGAAGUUCAUCCUUGACUGGGCAGAGGGAAAAGCAAAUCAAGAUAUUAAUUUCAUAUUUCCUCUUCCUUUCUGCGACCUUAACCUGAAAAAGGGUCAAUAUAGUCUGAUGCAACUUCUGCAAUACUACUGCCCAGAUCUAAAAGAUAUUGACAGCAUUCAGUGUGGUGAAAUCAAAACUCUUUUCAUUUUUGACGGUCUGGUGUGUCGACAUCCUCUAAAUUUCCAGAACAAUGAGGACCUGUAUGACAUCACAGAGCCAACCUCAGUGGAUGUGCUGCUGACAAACCUCAUCAAAGGGAAUCUGCUUCCCUCGUCUCAUCUCUGGAUAACCACACGACCAGCAGCAGCCAAUCAGAUACCCUUUGAGUGUGUUCACCAGGUGACCGAAGUAAAAGGUUUCAGUGACCCACAGAAGGAGGAGUACUUCAGGAAGAUAAUCGGUGAUGAGGACCUGGCCAGCAGAAUCAUCACACAGAUGAAGACAUCAAAAAGCCUCUACAUCAUGUGCCACAUGCCAGUCUUCUGUUGGAUAUCAGCCACUGUCCUUGAAACAAUGCUAAAAGAAACAAAGAAUGUCGAAGUCCCCAAAUCUCUGACACAGAUGAACACCCACUUCCUGCUCAUCCAAACCAGUGUGAAAAACAAAAAGUACAACAAAGCCACAGAGAAAAACCCUAAGAAACUGUCUCAGUCAGACAAAGGCAUGAUCCUGAAACUAGGAAAGCUGGCUUUCCAACAGUUGCAGAAGGGUAACCUUAUCUUCUAUGAGGAAGACCUGACAGAGUGUGGCAUCGAUGUCACAGAGGCAUCAGAGUACUCAGCCUUGUGUACAGAAAUGUUUAAAGACAAAUGUGGGCUAUACGAAGACAAGGUCUUCAGCUUUGUGCAUCUGAGCAUUCAAGAGUUUCUGGCAGCAGUAUAUGCUUUAGAGUCAUGGCUGGGGAAGUCUGAAAAUGUGUUUAAUGAAUCAUUCAAGUGUGACAAGUUGUCUGACUUACACAUGAGUGCAGUGGACAAAGCCUUGCAGAGUAAGAAUGGACACCUGGACCUGUUCCUUCGAUUUCUUCUGGGCCUCUCACUGGAGUCCAAUCAGAAUCUCUUAAAAGGCCUUCUGACAAGGAGAGGAGGUCAAACACCGAGCAUUGAGGAAACAUUCAAGUACCUUUCAGACAAGAUUAAGAUGGAAUCCUCACCAGAAAGGAUCAUCAACUUGUUCCACUGUCUGAAUGAACUUGGGGAUAACUCUGUAGUUGAAGAGAUCCAGACCUCCCUGCGAUCGGGAACUCUUUCAGAAACAAAGCUACAACCUCACCAAUGUUCAGCCCUGGCCUUUGUGUUACUGAUGUCAGAGGGGGUGCUGGAUGAGUUUGACCUGAAGACAUAUAACACAUCAGUGGAAGGUCGUCUGAGGUUGCUGCCGGUAGUGAAAACCUGCAAGAAAGCAUCACUGGCAGGCUGUGACCUCACGUAUCUAUCCUGUUGGACUCUGGCCUCAGCCCUGCGGACACCAAACUGCCCCCUGACAGAGCUAGACCUCAGCUACAAUGACCUGGGAGACAGAGGAGUGAAGCUGCUAUUCAGUCCACUCCACAACAUACAGACACUUAUUCUAGGUCCAUGUGGUCUGACAGAGGGUUGCUGUUCAUAUCUGGCCUCAGUCCUGAGUGCACCCAACUCACAACUGAAACAACUGGAGCUGAGAUACAACAACCUGCAGGACUCAGGAGUUACACUGCUGUGUGCUGGACUGAAGGAUCCAAACUGCAAACUGCAGACCCUAGGCCUAAGUCAGUGUGGUCUGACAGAGGGUUGCUGUUCAGAUCUGGCCUCAGUCCUGAGUGCACCCAACUCACAACUGAAACAACUGGAGCUGAGAGACAACGACCUGCAGGACUCAGGAGUUACACUGCUUUCUGAUGGUCUGGUGGAUCCAAACUGUAAACUACAGAAACUAGGCCUAAGUCAGUGUGGUCUGACAGAGGGUUGCUGUUCAUAUCUGGCCUCAGUCCUGAGUGCACCCAACUCACGACUGAAACAACUGGAGCUGAGAGACAACGACCUGCAGGACUCAGGAGUUACACUGCUUUCUGAUGGCCUGGCGGAUCCAAACUGUGAACUGCAGACCCUAGGACUGUCUGGCUGUGAAGUCACAGGGGAGGGCUGUGCUGCUCUGGCUUCUGCUCUGAGGUCAAACCCCUCCCACCUGAGAGAGCUGGACCUGAGCUACAAUCACCCAGGAGACUCUGCAGGGGGACUGCUUUCAGCUGGUAAAGGGGAUCCCACAUGCAAACUGAUGAAGCUGAAUGUGGAUCACGGUGCAGAGAGCAGGCUGGUAUCCGGGCUGAGAAAAUAUGCCUGUCAGCUCACCAUGGACCCAAACACAGCAAACGCACACCUGUUACUCUCUGAGGAGAACAGGAAGGUGACACGGGUGGACAAGGAGCAGCAUUACGAAGACCAUCCAGACAGAUUUCAAUGGCAUCCCCAAGUUCUCUGCAGAGAAGGCCUAUCUGGAUCUCGAUAUUACUGGGAGGUGAUGUGGGAUUGUGGAGAGCCUGACAUUGGAGUGACUUACAAAGGAAUGAGUCGAAUGGGAUGGGGGUCUGACAGUUGGAUUGGACAAAAUACCAAGUCCUGGAGUUUGAACUGCGCUGGUGAAGGUUACUAUUACUUUUACAAUGCGGGAGGCAAUAUCACAUUCUUCCGUGGUCCUGUUUUGCACAGAGUUGGUGUGUAUCUUGACUGGCCAGCUGGUACUUUGUCCUUCUAUAGUGUGUCCUUUGGUAAACAGAAACACCUUCACACAUUCUACACCACAUUCACUGAACCCCUCUAUCCUGGGUUUUGGAUAUACCCACACUCUUCCUUGUCUACAUAAGUAGGGGUGCUGCAGCUAUCCCUGAAAAAUGUCAAUCAUUUUCCAAAAAUAUACAGUGUAUAAAUACAAAUAUUUUCCCCCAAAUUAUAUUUACUCCUGUCUGAA